GACCCCUCGUUAUUCCUCUUCUUACACCACGUCGUCUGAUGUUGGAGCGCCCCGUCGCGACGAGUCGUCGUACUCCUACUCGAAGACCGUUCGCUCGGAGACGAGCAGCUCCAGUGCCGAUCCGUACUCGUCGCGUCCGUCGACAUCCACGUCGAGCUACUCUUCGACCUCGGAGCGCAACAGCCGUGGCGGCCCCGGUGGCUACUCGUACAGUUCCGAGCGCACCUCGACCACCGGCGGUGGACCGGGCGGCUACAGCUACAGCUCGACCACAUCCGGCCGUCUCCCACACGGAACCACCUACAGACACUACUCAUACCGUGUCUAAGCCCCCUUCAAAACAAAGCACGCAGCCAAAUAUUGCAUAAAAUGUUCUAACUCUGUGUUUGUCAACAACAACCGAAAAAAAAUGUCAAUUCGAAACACAUUUGUAUUGUUUGUGACUAAUAACUAUUUAUUGUAACGAAGUGAUACACUUCACACACACAUUCACACGAACACCACCACACACACACAAACACAAAAACCAAUGAGAAAUUGGAACGACACCCCUCGGAAAAGGAGGCGGUGAGAAAAUUUACAUAAAAAUAAGCAACAACACAUAUACAAACAAGUUUACUCUCUCUCAAGUGUAUGAGCCAUUGAUAGAAAAGCUUUUUUUCGUGUAAUCUUUUUGUCUUCGGAUUUUUUUUUGAAACCAAUAAAAAUGAGCAACUGAGUUCAAAACUCUACCAAAAACACAAA